AUGUGCAGCCCAGAGGUGUCUCCCACCUCCAGCCUCCUGGUAGGACUCAUGUGCUUGACAGCUUUCAGCAACUUUGCUAAGACUUCUGCAGACUUCUCAGGUUACAUAUCGCAAGUGCUAAAGAAUUACACUGACCAUGCCUGUGAUGGAGAAUAUGUCUCCCUGAGGUGCCCUCACAGAACCACCAUCAGCAUCCAGUCUUCUUUUUACGGCCGAAUCGUACCCAGUCACCAGAUGUGUCCUUCUCGCUAUCCCCACUCCUAUGCAACUUUAAUUAAGGAAGAUGUUGCCUGCUCAGUUGGCACUUCCCUUCAGAAGAUGCUGGACGAGUGCCAGGACAGGCGGAGCUGCCAGUUCCUUGUCAAUAGCCGGCUCUUCGGUGCAGACCCGUGCCCUGGAACCAGCAAGUACCUCGCUGUGUGGUACAAGUGCAGGCCAAAUGAGUACAAGAGUAAAGUAGCCUGUGAAGAUGACAAGCUGAGGCUAAGCUGUAAGAAGAGCAUGGUGAUUGCCAUUUACUCUGCUAUCUUUGGAAGGACACAAGGAGGCAGCCUGGAGUGCCCAUACCAAACCCUAGGGAUGCCCAUGAUUGAGUGUCAGUCAGCUACUGCUCUUCAACUCAUGAUCAAGCGAUGUCAUGGAAGAAGAAGUUGCAGCAUAUAUGCCAGCACUUAUGAAUUUGGAGAUCCUUGUUACCCAGGAAUCCAAAAGCAUCUUAAUGUCAUCUACACCUGUGUUCCAAGGAAACUUCUGCAUGAAACCCAGCCAAGAUCAAGCAAUUACCAAAGAUAUCAGAAGCCACAUUUUCCACUGCAGCCAAGGGUGUUUGAUCCCAAUAUUAUAGGGGACAACGUGUUCCUUUCUGAUGUCUCUCCUUCCAACAUAGGCCGUGCUCUCCCAGCAGAGAAGAAGAAAGGGAGAUCAGCCACCUUCUACCCUCUAGACAACCCCCCCUUCCUGCUCCCUGUGGAUGAGACACAACCGCCGGCGCUCAACAGCAGCAUGGAGCCCGUGGGCGUCAGCACCGAGAUGGCACUGCUCAGCAACAUCCUAGCAGCAUAUGCCUUUGUCACAGAAAACCCCGAGCGGGCCGCCCUGUACUUCGUGUCGGGCGUGUGCAUCGGGCUGGUCCUGACCCUGCUGGCCCUGGUGCUGAAGGUUUCCUGCCGGACGGACUGCAAGCGCUCCUCCGCCAAAAAACCCCCUCGGGAGAGGGAGAGCGGCAGCGACAGCAGCGACAGCGACGACGAUUCGGACACCACGUCGGACCUGUCCGCCCGCAGGCACCGCCGGUUCGAGAGGACUUUGAACAUGAACGUCUUCACCUCGGCGGAGGAGCUGGAGCGGGCGCAGCGGCUGGAGGAGCGGGAGCGCAUCAUCCGCGAGAUCUGGAUGAACGGCCAGCCCGACAUCCCGGGCACCAGGAGCCUCAACCGCUACUACUGAGCGACGGGGGGGUCCAACCAUCCUGCCCUGCACCCCUGAGGCUCCUCCAAAAGUGAGAGAGGAGAGGGGGGGAAGGAGUAUUACCGGGGUGUCUCCCCUUUUCCUUUCAGGCAUGCUACCCGGAGCGGCGCGGAUGGACAGCAAUAAAGCUUUCCCAGUCUCCUUCUCCCUGACAUAUUGUUGUCACCCCUCCUCACUGCUACUGUCUGGUUACAAAAGCUGCCAACUUCAGUUCUGAGUGGCAGGCAGGAAGGUGACAGUGACAGCCCGUGUGGGACGUGGCGUUUGGCAGGUGCGAGUGCUCCUGCCUUGGCUGGGGAGAGAAGUCGUAGAGGUGUUGGUGUUUAUUUAGGGGGUUUUGGUUUCCCUUUCCUGAGGACUGUGGGAGGACUGGGAACAAAAUGACAAAUCUGGAAAGAUGAUUUGGGAAGGGAGGGGGAGGUGCAUCCUGACCAGUUGUCUUGUGACUUGAGAAGCCAUGAGAUUAACCUAAUUAAAACCCAACGGCAAAUAUCACUUGUUGAGAACUGGGGGGUUGGGGAGGGGAGGAGAUUCUUCCAUCGUGAAAUCAUCUCGGUGCUUGGAUGUUUGCCAUGGUGUAUCCAGUUAUUUAUGGCUGUCUUUUCAUCUUCCUUUUCAAUGGGAACAUUUAUAUAUAUAUAUUUUUUUUUUUUUACUGACACCUCAGGGAUAAAAUCCUAUUUUUGGUUUUGUUUUUUUUUGAGUCUGGUCUCCUCGCUGGCCCCUGUCAAACACAACACCACACACCUCCAACAGUGAGUGAAAUGAUGGUAAUAUGAGAGAUGUGUCAGUGACUGGUGAGAAGUUAACAACCUCAAAGAGGUUGAAAAGGGUUUUCUUUUUGUUUUGUUCUAAAUAUAUAUAUAUAUAUAUAUUUGAAGAUGCUGCACAGGAAUGUGCCUUAUUCUUUUUGUUGUUGUUGUUAAACUACAAUUUUCCUAUGGAUAGCAAUGCACAAUGUUUUAUAUAUUUUAUUAAAAAAAGAAUAAAAAAAUAAAAGGUCUGUGUUUACCAGAGCAAAACA